AGUGCAGAUAGAUAUAUGUAAAUACAAAAUGGAAACCCUUUCAAAGGGCGUCCAACUUGCAGUUUUCCUGAAUUACAAUACGUUGAAGAAGAGUGCGGAAAACUUUAUGACGUGCCUGGAAACGAACAGCCCUUCCGAGAACGACUGGUUUAUUCUUCCUUCUGGUGCAAAGGUUGAAGUCUCCCACAACAAUAUAAAGCACCUCUCAUUGUUUGGCAAUGGAGACCCAAUGCACACCAUCUUGGCUCUCUGUGAACCCACACAUGGGACUCAUGCGAUUGCAGUCUAUCUGAAUGGAACAUGGUGGACAGUGAGCAAUGUCUUAAAGACCUCCAACACUUCCAGAUCUGGGCUUGUUAGGGUGCAGUCUGUGGGGGAGAGGGUGGUGCUGUUCCUCCUCAGUCAGGUGAUUUUUGGGGUGUUGGAGAGGCCCCCCGAUGCAGACACUUGUUUUGCUCCUCACCCCGAAAAGGAGGUGGCCAAAAUUCUUUGGCAGGACGGGGAGGCUGCUGGCUUCUACACCGUGAAACAGAAAGGUGCCCUGUGUGACGGCUGCAGUGGUCUGUGCUACCUGCUCCCCGUGCUGGACACCGCGUUCGUGCGGACGGAGUUCAGAAGGAGAGGACUGGCCUUGCGGAUGCUGGAGGACUUCUGCGUGUCAUACGCCGAGGAGGAAUUCAUAGGAAUCAGCCGCCCGGUGUCGAGCGGCAUGUACCAAGUUUGCAGGAAGUACCUGCAGGCCCAGGAGCGGGACAGGGACCGGCUGUACGAGGUGGAGGCGCCGGGUGGCUGGGCACAGAGACGAAAUGUGUGGCUGAGCCUUCAGCUCAGCCGCUGCUCCGCACACAGCGAGACCGACCGACUUCCACAAGAGCAGCAGCUGCUCGCUUUGCGUAAGAGCUCAACGGGGCUAGAGGACUCCAGUUUAGAGAAAAACCUGUCUGAAGUGGAGAGUGAAAGUAUAGUCGCCUCGGACAAAGGAAAAAAGGGUUCCGAUUUCCAAAAUGCUGCCAGGGAGGACGCCACUACCCACAAGCCCCAGAGAAACCCCCGGCGCAAGCGUACGGGAGAGACGGCCGAGGAGGAGGAAAGCGGGAAUUCCAAACAAUCCCGGGUUUCAAAUUAGUCUAUCAAUGUUGGGGUGUGGUGUGGUGGGGUGGGGGGGCGAGAGUGGGAGGACAGAUCCUGUCACCUGUGUUCAGUUCCAAUGUAAUCUGGGCAUGAGUGUCUGGUAUGCUGUUUUUUUUUUUUGUUGAAAGCGGUGGGCUGUUUCAGUAUUGAAGUAGAUAAUUAUAAAAUGGACACCAGGGCCGUCAAAAGAAGCCAAGCCACAAUGAACUGCUGAUCAAAGCCCAAGCAGUACAAGCUCAAUAUCAAAGUCUUGGAUAUGGAAUUAAAAAUGAAUGUUGAUGUAUGUUUUGUUUAUGUCAACAUUCUGUACAAAUGUUAUGUUUUCAGUUGUACUGUUCGUCACAACAUAAAUAUUUUUAAAAAUG